CAAAGUGUGAAUUAGUUGCAGAACUAAGCCGAACUGGCCCAUGAACUGUUGACAAUUUGAUAUCAGUAAUUUCAAAACUGAUUGAUUUAAAGAUCAGCCAGCCUUCAUUAAAGUUUGAAACCGGUUUCAAAGUUUCUUAAACAGACAAACUAAAAAAAUGAAAACCCAAGCAAAAACCUCCUGGUGUAGUACAAACUGAGUUGUAGCACAGAUCGUCUGGUAUUUUUAAACCUCAGUUUAAAAGAGAUGAGAAUGUUGUUAGAUUGAGUGUAGAGAUAACUUAAAUUGUCAUCGGGAUAAGAUUAAAUAAGAAAUUAGUAUUGGAGAUGACUGUGACAGAAGUCACAGUAGUGAGAAGGGUGACGAAUUUCAGCCAGACCACAGCAGUUACAGCUCAGAGAAUGAGAAGGCUGAAUCCAUGUGUGUACAUGAUCUUUCAUUUACAGCUGCAGGAUUUGGCCUUGAUGGAUGUAUUGUGGCAUUGCAGGAGAGGUUUAUGGUGCAAUUUUCUUGAAGGUUGCGUAAGCUCUGGUGUGAGGCAGCAGAGAGAUAAAAUUGUUGGGCAGUUGUGCCAGAACUGGAUGUUGUACUCGACUUGCUAAGCUUGGCAGCUUAUCUUUACUGGAUUUGAAGUGACACCAUUCAGCAUCCCUCAUUAAGUAAAAUAUUUUCUUCCAUUAAAAUCAGCUUACAUUUCAGAAAUAAUGGUCUGAUUUUUAGUGUGGCUGGAGGAAGUCUUGCAUAGCUGUCUUUGACCGCUGCUGGAUGUUAACUGGGAGGCUAAUGCUGAGUUCCCACCACCAUUCCAGGAUUGUUUGAGUGUAACCAUGUGGUAACACCUGACUAUAUUUUUUGUCAUCUCGAUGCAAUGUAUGUAAAUAUAUAUUUUUUUCUUAUGUUCGAUUUUCUAUGCAGUAUUGAUAUUUAAAUAAAUAAUUUUAGGGAAAAAAGAAAAAAGUUGAUGUACGGAACGGUUCAGAGCUGCACAAAUUUUGAAUUUGGGGUGAAUUUUUGUUAUCAGCAGGGGCACGGCCUGGGGAGCCGCGUUGUCUGGUUGCGUAGCAACGAGCACAACGCGGAAACCAGCAAAGUCCUCCACGAUUGGUUCUAACGGCGGAGCGGGCGCUGUUCAGUACGCGGUUUGCUGAUUGGUGGCUCCGCGCCCUUUCCUGUCAGCUGAUUGGCGGGCGGUGCCGAGGCCGCGCGGGAGGCGGGAAGGUCGGACGCUGACAGAGCUGUCGCCUCAGUUAUAAACCUGAAAUAAACAGAGAAAAGCAGCAAUGUCUUCUGACAUGUCACAAUAUACUAUUGGGGGAGUGAAGAUUAUGUUCCCUUGCAAGGCUUACCCUUCACAGCUUGCUAUGAUGAAUGCUAUUGUUAAGGGCUUAAAUAAUGGGCAGCAUUGCUUGUUGGAGAGCCCCACAGGAAGUGGCAAAAGCUUGGCAUUACUUUGUUCUGCAUUAUCAUGGCAGCAGGCUCUGUAUGAGAAAUCACUGCUGAAAUCGUCAUGUGAAAAGGAAGACAGGAGGGAGCCAGCAACCUCCCCACCGUGUUGCUGUGUUUGUCAUUCCCUAUCCAAGAGCAGCGAGGAGGCUGCAGGAACGAGUCACGGUGCUGCAUGUUCUAAUAAUUAUGAAACAGGAGGCUCUGUAAAAACUGGAGGCCAACAAACAGACACAGAAUGCAAGGAAAACAAUACCCUAGCUUCAAAAUUGUCUGCCAAAAAAAGGGCAUCUGUAUGUGGAAACGAGAGCGAUGACUUUCAAGUAGACAGGAAGAGGAUUCGUCCUUUAGAAACAGAGCAGCAGGUUAGAAAACGUCAUUGCUUUUCAAAAGAGGUGCAGCUGGUUGAUGCUUUAGAAGUUUAUAAUCAGAGAAAAAAUGGGGAGCUGAUUGUUCACUCUGAAAAAAGUGUAAAAAACACUUCUCCCCAAACACUUUCCAUCCCUUGCACAGAGUGUUCCUGUUCCUCUGGAAAAGAAACUCGUAAAGAUGCUGGUAACACAAAGAAGAAAGCAAAUGGAGAUCAAACGUUCAUUCCCAAAAUAUUUUUUGGAACGCGAACUCACAAACAAAUUGCCCAGAUUACCAGGGAGUUGAAGAGGACAGCGUAUUCUGGUGUCUCUAUGACAAUUCUCUCUAGUCGGGAUUAUACCUGUAUUCAUCCAGUGGUGUCCAGUAGUAGUAACAGGAAUGAACUGUGUGUAGAAUUACUGGAAGGAAAGCAUGGCAAGUCCUGUCUUUACUAUCACGGUGUUCAUAAACUCACUGAACACUAUGCCCUGCAUUCUGCACAUAACACAUACCAGGCUUGGGACAUUGAGGAUCUAGUGAGCCUGGGAAAGAAGCUUCGUGCCUGUCCAUACUUUGCAGCCAGAGAACUCAUGGUGGGGGCAGAUAUUGUAUUUUGUCCUUAUAACUAUCUCCUAGAUCCACAGAUACGGGAGAGUAUGGAAAUCAACCUGAAAGGCCAGGUGGUCAUUUUGGAUGAAGCCCAUAAUAUUGAGGACAGUGCUCGGGAGGCAGUGAGCUACAGUGUUACAGAAAGUCAACUAAAUGCUGCUCGAGAAGAGCUAGAUUUCAUGGUCAAUAACAACAUCAGGCAGAAGGAUCAUGAACAUCUUCGGGCUGUGUGCUACUCUUUGACAAACUGGCUACGGGCAAGCUCUAGUCAGCUGGUAGAAACAGGGUAUGAAACCUCCUGUAAGGUUUGGAGUGGAAAAGAAAUGCUCAACCAUUUUCACGAAAUGGGAAUAACCAAUAUUAGUUUUCCCAUUUUACAGAAACACCUUUCUGCUGUCUUGGAAAAAGAAGAAAAAAUAUCAAUGUUUGGUAAAGAGGAACUUGUUGAGAUACCUAUCGUGAGCUCUGCCACUCAGAUUGUGCUGAAAGGCUUAUUCAUGGUUCUUGUAUAUCUUUUUAAAGAUAACAGCAGGUUUGCAGAUGAUUACAGAGUUGCUUUGCAACAAACUUACGCUUGGACAAAUGAAAACCAACCUGAUGUUUCAGAUACAAGUGCUUUCCUUACAAAGACCAAACAUAAAAGGAAUUUGCGACAUAAAACUGUAGUCCACAUGCUUAAUUUUUGGUGCUUGAAUCCUGCUGUGGCUUUUUCAGACCUAAAUGAUGUCAGAACAAUUGUUCUGACCUCUGGUACACUCUCUCCAAUGGAUUCAUUUUCUUCUGAACUUGGCGUGAAGUUUUCUAUCCAGCUGGAGGCAAAUCAUGUUAUCCGGAACUCACAGGUUUGGGUUGGCACCAUUGGAGCAGGCCCGAAUGGUCGGAAGCUGUGUGCCACGUUCCAGCAUACAGAGACCUUUGAGUUCCAAGAUGAGGUGGGAGCACUUCUGCUUUCAGUGUGUCAAACAGUUGGCCAAGGAAUUCUGUGUUUUUUGCCAUCCUAUAAGCUGUUGGACAAACUGAAAGAUCGCUGGAUGCACACUGGCCUGUGGAGAAACCUGGAGCUUGUUAAGACAGUCAUUGCAGAGCCUCAAGGAGGAGCAAAAAGUGACUUCGAUGAACUGCUGAAAAUAUACUACGAUGCAAUAAAAUUUAAAGGAGGAAAAGAUGGAGCACUCCUAAUAGCUGUGUGCAGAGGAAAAGUUAGUGAAGGCUUGGAUUUCUGUGAUGAGAAUGCUCGAGCAGUUAUAACCAUAGGUAUUCCGUUCCCAAAUGUGAAAGACCUUCAGGUUGAAUUAAAGAGGAAGUACAAUGAUCAACACAAAACUACAAGAGGCCUUUUACCAGGGAGCCAGUGGUAUGAAAUCCAGGCUUACAGGGCUUUGAAUCAGGCCCUGGGAAGGUGUAUAAGGCAUAGGAGUGAUUGGGGUGCCCUUAUCUUAGUUGACGACCGCUUCCGGAAUAACCCUAACAAGUACAUAACUGGAUUAUCUAAAUGGAUUCGUCAACAAGUCCAGCAUCAUGAAAAUUUUGGUAGUGCACUUGAAUCCUUACAUGCAUUUGCUGAAAGAAACCAGAAAGGCAUUGAUUUUUCAUCACAGUGUAGCAAUGAAUUUUUCCAUGUACCUUUAAAUUCAAAAGAGCUGUCAUCAGCUUCUCAACAGGAGGCAACUAUUCACCUGUCACCAGAUGUUCCUGUUAAAACUGAGGAGCAAAGUUUGGUCCCAGGAACUCAUUUAACUACAACCAUCGACUCAAUUAAUCCCGAACCAUCAAAUCAGCCAAGUAAUAUCACAGCAAUAAUGCAACAAAGUGGCCAGAAAGUUGAUGUGGAGAGUCAUUCUCACAAUGCACCACAAAGAAGAAAACAUAUGGACUCCACACCCACAAGGCCUGCAACUAAAACAGAGAGAGAGAAAAAGAGUGAUUGGACUAAUUCUGAUUUUAUGAAAGAGCACUGCUGCUUUAAACCACUGACUUCAACACCUUUGCUUGCAGCCACGAACUGCGUGUCCACAGCAAGCAGCAAACAAAGAAAGAAUGUGAACAGUGCUAGUGAACUUAUUGAUGGUGUAAAUCAAUGCCAGUCAUCAUUCACUUUAGAACAUAAACCAAGUAUACCAGAAUCACAUUUGGAAACAACUGAUUUUUCAGUCAAAAACACAGAGGCUCCAGUUGCUGAGGAGCAUCUUGAUGAGCAAAAGGUUCAAAUUGAGUCCUGUAGUGAGCUUCCUUCAGUAGGAGGGGAACCUGAACUUUCAGUGUUAGACAUGUCUGCAGAAGUUGAGGAUGAAAGUCUUUACUUCACACCAGAGCUCUAUGAUGAUGCAGAAUCAGAAGAACAGAAAACGAGGCCCCUAGAUCCGGAUGAGAAUCAGAUUGAAUGUGGAAGACCCACAGUAGCUGAUGAUCUUUUUGUAAUCAAUCCCUCAAAAACACUAAGUGAGCCAAAAGAAAUGAUUAAUGAUGAUGGCAGAAACACAAGUUUACAUGGAACAAUGCUGAAUGAUAUCAGUAAGAAUAGUGCAGUUAAUAUUGAAAAGAUGACUAAUGGAAAAGAAGCAGAGCAGGUAGAAUCUCAAGAGGUGGACACCAAAAAACGGAAAAUCAGUCUUUCCAGAUCACGAAAUAAAGGCUUGAAAGUUCAGAGACAGUACAGAAGAAGAAAAUCUACUGUUAGGGCAAGUGGCUACACCUGUGAAAAAAAGAAGGAAAACCAACAACAGCCUUGCAAGAGAGGACUUUAUUGUAUUAUCUGCGGAGCAGAAAUACUACCAAAAGCAGAAGGCAUUUUGAGAAAAACUUGUUAUGGUGAUAUUGAGCUGAAAAUAAUCUUGAACCUCUUCAGAAAUACUCAUGUAAGAAGUAAGGAAUCCAUUAAUAACUGUACGUGUGAACUAGAUGUCACUUCAGAUGAUGAUAACGUGAUGUUGGUCAUCUCAGAUGUUGCAAGUCUCAGUCAUCUUAAAGAAACUUUGAAGAUUUAUCAGAUGCCAGUGAAAAGCAAAGGCACGAAUGCCAGUUUCUCUUUAAAUGCUUUUUGGAAUGAGAAGGAAUAUUCUCUGACAAGUUACUUACAGUGCAGGAACUGCCUCGUCCAGUCAGUGUCUCCGUGCCCUUUGAUAGGAGCUAAGGUUAUUCAUUUCAGCAAUAAAGCACAGUCAUGGGUUUGGCUGCUCCCGUCGUCUGUUCGUUAUUGCUUACUGCUACAGAACCCUCAAAAACGGAAAACAGGCAAUUCAGAUUAUACUUUAUCUUAAAAGAUUUUGCUGAUCUCUACCACAGAUUCAUCUGGACUAAUGAGACAGAUAAGUAAAGGAUUUUGUUAUUACAUGCUAACUCCAUAAAGAUACUCUGGGGUAAGCGGAGAGGUGGUACAAUCUUUGCUGUGAGUGGUGGGAAAGAGCUACCUGGUUACAAAUUCUGGCCCCACUGAAGUCAGUAGGGGUUCUGCCAUUUGCCCUCAACAAAGCAAAGGGUUUCGCCAUGUGUUUAACAGGAAUAUUUUGCUGGAACUGUUGUCAGCAUGUUAGUAAAUAUACCAUUUUAAAAUUUACCUUCUUUUUCACAUUUGAGUGUUUGUUCACCUCACAUAUGCGUGAUGGUAAUUUGAUACAAAAAAUUCUCUUCAGUUUCAUUUUAUUUCAGGUAGGUUUUGAAUCGGUUCAUUUUUUACUUCUUGUGCUUUUAGAGACCCCACGUGGCAAUGUCUGGGCUAAAAACACAUAGGGGAAUGUUCACAUAUUUUGUAUUGCUGGGAUUUAAACUGAAUUAAAGAAAAACAGAAAUGAAAACAUUUGCAUUUGUUUAUAUAAUUAAAAAAAAAUCACAUAAAGCUGGGCCCAAGCUAGAGAGAGUAUCUCUGUAAUGAACACAAACCUUUACCUUUUUGCAAGCACACCGUAAUUGGAGAGGUGCACAUAUCAUAUCUACCAUAUCAAUGACAUUUUAGAGUAUGUAAAAAAAAAAAAAAUACUCUAUUUGUCUUAGGAAAUAUCGAAAACUUUUAUAGGGAAUUUGGAAAAUAUUUUUUGGCCAGCAUGAAAGGUGAAAUCUUGCAGCACAAAGUACAGACAUGGGCACAGAGACUGAACAGACGGGCUGCUGUAAAACAACCAUUUAAUAAGGCAUUAAAAUGCCAUCGACUUGGACACAUAAAAAAAAAAAGCUAUGAAAACAAAUGCCUUUCAAAUAAUUAGGAUCUUAUGCUUGAGACCAGUGUUGAUCUCUAUGCAGAGAUUUUCCUGCUGAAAUCAGACCAGCCUAAGUCUGAUCGUCUAAGGAAGGAAUUAGCAGCGUAUAAAUCGGCUGCUGCUCGAGAUUUUUCUGUUUCUGCCAUACAUAACCAUUCAUUUAAAUGGCCACUUCAGACUUUCUAUCUCCUUCUUUCUGUUUCCUAGAGUAGUUUGAAACACAUUUGACUUAGUACGCCAGAAUAAUUUUUUAAUUGAAUCUUGAAUUUUUAUCAUGAGUAUGUGAAAGGGUUGAAUUACCAGCUCCUGCCCACACUGCAUAAGUGAAUCUGAGCCAAAUGCAGCCAGAAAUAGCAACAGAACCCAGUUCUGUUCUCCAAAACAUAGUGUGACUUUGCUUUCACUUGAAGUAAGGAACCUGGUGUUUAUAAUGCAUCAAAACGAUAUAAAUCUAUCCUUCAAUUCAAGAACAAUUUUAUCACCUGUAAUGUACGCAGAUACAAAAACAAGAAGUAGAGUUGACCAUUCAUGCCUGUGUAUUUACUCCUGGAUCACUGUUGUCAUGGUAGUCCUUGUCUGGAUACCUCACAAAAGAUGCUCUAGUUACAAACAGCAUGUUUAAAACAACAGCAUCCGUGAUAAUGUAGUUAACAUUAUU